CAAAAGAGUUGCGAGAAAAUUCAGUCCACAUCUGUUUAGCUCCGAUGGAAAUACGAACUCAUAACUGUUAAAAUAAGUUUAUAAUGGGCAGUUGAAAAUGACAGCUCGGAUUCACUCCUUUGUUUUGCAAUGUACGUUCCUUGUCGGGUUAGGAUUGCUAGUUUAUGAACCUGGCGUUUCUGGACAGUGUUCCGAAUUCGUAUCUCCUUUGGAGAUCCAUGUAGAUUGGUGGAACGUCUUGCCCUACUCCUCUCGUGAAAAGAAUGAAAAUGGAAACUUCACAUACAGUGGUAUAUUUCCUACAGUGUUAAAACACGUUACAAAUCAAACUGGGAUAAGACUGAAAUACAAUGAGCCGAUGAAGAACUUUGUGAAUUUCACUGGGAUGGCAAACAACAAGAGAAAUAACACGAUUUAUUUCCCAGUCAUGGCGGAAGAAGACGACGACAAGAGCUGUUAUAUUCCAGUUUUAUCAACCAACGGUCCAGCGUACAUCAUUCAUAUCCAAGAAAUUGUUCCCCUAACACUGCUUGGGAAAGGCUUGCUUCAGGGGUGGCAGGUUAUAGCGCUAACCUUGGUUUUAGCUGCAAUAUCUGGGGUUUUUAUGUGGCUUAUGGACAGAGGCUCUAACCCCGAAGAUUUCCCACCAAAUUUCUUCACUGGAGUAUGGCAGGGUUUUUGGUGGGCUUUUGUAACCAUGACAACUGUAGGGUAUGGUGACACCGCUCCUCGGUCAGUACCAGCCAGACUGUACAGUAUUCUGUGGAUGAUUAUUGGUAUGAUCGCUUUCUCAGUUCUCACCGCAAAUAUAACCAGCUCUUUGUCGCAGAAGACCUUUGAUGCAGAGGAGAAAAUGUUUGGAAAAAGAGUUGGUGUUCUUGAAGGAACAUUGGACGCAAAAGCAGCCAUACUGGAGAACGCUCGUAUUAUCAAUCAUCAGACAGUCGCUGAACUAUUAAGUAGUUUGCAGCGAGGUAAAGUGGACGGAAUUCUCGUGGAGAGAUACGUGGCAGGCGCUUAUUACAACGAGUACAAAGAGCUAGGAAUGGAACUGGGGACAUUGAUACGUUUUCCAUACAAAGUGGGAAUGCAAGCACCCAGUUUUAUCACUGGACGCGACGGAGAAACUUGCACUGCGUUUAAGAAAUGCGUGCUGGACAUCUUGGGAGAAGAGAAGAUUCCUAUGAAAGUUCUGAGCGACUUUUCAAACGCAUGGCAAGACUUUAAGCCGAGCGAAUCGACAUCAUUGUUUGAAGACGAAUCAUUCUUUUAUAUUCUCAUUGCAUUUUUCUUUGCAUUGCUUGGCGUUGGAUGUGUCUGGCAUUACUUCGUGUUUAUUCCAAAACAACGACAAACUAUUAACGACAAUAAUGGUGAUGAGGUAAAGGCCAUGGAGUCCGGAGAGAAAUUUAUAGUUCUCAAAACGGAACUCGAAAUGUUGUGCCCAGAUUGCCACCCGAAGUUGGAUGCAAUUUUAACGGAAAAUCCAGAUCGACAAUACCACGAUUCUCUUCUGCACAUACCGUUGUUACACGGAGCUCCUAAUCUCAAAAUGUUGUCUGCGAAUGCAUUCGACCAACUAAAGCGAGUUCCAUCCAACGCCGCUGGGGCCAUACCUGAUGCCUUUGUCGGCCGCAAAAAAUCUGGCCGUGUUAGUAAAUGCUAAGACACUAAAUAAAUACAGUAUAAUACGCAGUCCAGUCUCUGCAUUGAGAUCAGCCGAUUGUUGCAUAGAUUAACUCUGUAGUGUAGGUUUGAACCCAUAAGAUGAGUUCGUGAAACCUUGGGACAUGGAAAUGACGAAUUUGGGUAACCAACUUGGCGGGAAGGCUAGCAGUGAGUGUAGUCGGACGGUAGAGGGAGU